AUGGUGUUGGCCUACAGUUCAGUAAAAGUUCUGCCAGUCCUGGCAGCCGGCGCUUUUGCUGCAGCAACCUACCCUCCCAUCCCAACCGACUUGACAACACCAGUGCAACAACGAAUUGCCGUUAACGGGCCCAAUAGCGUAUCAAUUGCCUGGAACACAUAUAAGCAACUCAGCCAGCCUUGCGUCGCAUAUGGCAAUUCUGUCACAGCUUUGACACAGCAAACCUGCUCGCAAAGCUCUGUUACAUAUGAAUCAUCGCGCACUUGGUCGAAUGUGGUGACUCUCAAUAAUCUAUCACCGGCCACAACAUACUACUAUAAGAUCGUCUCAACCAACUCAAGCGUGGAUCACUUUUUCAGCCCCCGUGUCGCUGGAGAUAAAACUCCGUUCUCCAUCAACGCUAUUAUUGACUUGGGCGUCGUAGGUCCCGAUGGAUAUACCAUUCAAAAUGACCAAACAAAGCGUGAUACUAUCCCAACCAUCGAUCCUUCGUUGAAUCACACGACCAUUCAGCGCCUGGCUCAAACAGUCGACGACUAUGAAUUUGUCAUCCAUCCCGGAGAUCUGGCCUAUGCUGAUGAUUGGAUUGAGACACCGAAGAACAUUUUUGAUGGAAAAAAUGCCUAUCAAGCAAUUCUGGAGCAGUUUUACGCCCAACUAGCUCCUAUUUCUGGCCGCAAGCCGUAUAUGGCCAGUCCUGGCAACCACGAAGCUGCUUGUCAGGAGAUCCCACACACCUCAGGACUCUGCAGUGCUGGGCAGCGUAACUUCAGCGAUUUCAUCAAUCGAUUUGGCAAGACUAUGCCCACUGUCUUUACCUCAACUUCAGCAAACAACACCGCAAAGAUCAACGCAAACAAAGCACAGCAGCUUGCCAAUCCUCCGUUCUGGUUUUCGUUCGAAUACGGCAUGGCGCAUGUUGUCAUGAUCGACACGGAAACAGAUUUUGCUGAUGCUCCGGACGGCCCAGAUGGCUCUGCCGGCCUCAACGGUGGACCAUUUGGUGCUCCCAACCAGCAGCUGCAAUUUCUUGAGUCGGACCUUGCUUCUGUUGAUCGCAGCGUUACGCCGUGGCUUAUUGUUGCAGGUCAUCGACCAUGGUACUCUACCGGAGGCUCAGGCUGCGCACCAUGCCAGACAGCUUUUGAAGGACUGUUCUACAAAUACGGAGUCGAUCUUGGAGUUUUUGGCCAUGUACACAACUCUCAGAGAUUUUCCCCAGUAUUUAACGGCACUGCUGAUGCAGCCGGUAUGACGAACCCGAAAGCACCGAUGUACAUCGUCGCCGGCGGCGCCGGUAACAUAGAGGGGCUCUCCGCCGUCGGUACUAAACCUUCGUACACUGCAUUCGCCUACGCAGAUGAUUUCAGUUAUGCAACUAUUCGCUUCUUGGAUGAGCAAAACUUGCAAGUUGACUUCUAUCAGUCAUCAACAGGAAAGCUUCUGGACAGCUCGAAGCUCUUCAAGUCUCAUAGCCAGCAAUUCGUUGUUCAGUAA